AUGGCAAGUCGUGGAAAUCGUGCUCGUUCGCAACCCAUCGAUAAUACCAUUUCCCACGUCCAGUGCGAUGGCCUGGCGGCGAUGAAAAUGGUAAAACAUUGCCAUGAAGAGUCGCUGAAUAACAUGGAAGUGGCGCAGGGUGCGCUGCUCGGGUUGGUAGUGGAUGAUCGGUUAGAAAUUACCAACUGCUUCCCGUUUCCCAAGUCGGACGAGACGAUCGAUGAGGAAGAGUACCAGCUGACGAUGAUGCGCCGUUUGCGGCGAGUGAAUGUGGACCACUUCCAUGUCGGUUGGUACCAGAGUGCGGAUGUUGGUAACUUUCUGUCCAGCACACUGCUGGAAUCACAGUACCACUACCAAACAAGCAUCGAGGAGUCGGUGGUCGUGAUUUACGAUACGCAAAAGUCGGCCCGUGGAUUCUUGACGCUCAAAGCGUACCGUCUGACACCGCAGGCCAUUGCGAUGUACAAGGAGCGCGAUUUUACGCCUGAGGCACUGCGCAAUCUGAAGGUCGGGUACGAGAAUCUGUUCAUCGAGAUCCCGAUAGUGAUCAAGAAUUCGGCAUUGUGCAACAUCAUGAUGUCGGAGCUGACGGAGAUGGUGCCGGAGGAGGAAGGCACACACUUUCUCGACCUGGGCACUGCAUCCGUACUGGAGAACCAUCUCCGGUGCAUGAUGGAUCGGGUGGAUGAGUUGAACCAUGAGGCGACCAAGUUCAACAAAUACCAGCAGGCCGCUAUCCGGCAGGAGCAGGAAAAGCACCGGAUGUUGGCGAAGCAUGCGCAGGAAAAUGCGGCCCGUGUUGCGAAGGGUGAGCAGGCCGUGCCGGAAGAGGAGGUGAACAAACUGUUCCGUCCGAUACCAGUUCCGACCCGGCUGAAUCCGAUGAUCGUGUCCGGGCAGAUCAACACGUACGCGCAGCAUAUUUCUCAAUUCUGUUCCCAAUCGCUGGCCAAGCUGUACAUGACGCAGGCACUUCAGAAUGCCAAGGAGAACAAGCAGUAG